AUGGCCGUCGCGCUGGCCGUCAACCAGAAAAACACCAAAACAACUUACCGCGACCUCCGCCAACCGCCGUUCAGUCCGCCGGCAUGGCUCUUCGCCCCUGCCUGGACCGUCUUGUACGGAAUGAUGGGUUAUGCCGCGCACCACGCAACCGAAACAGCAGCCGGGUCGCUCUCACUGGCGGUUCGUGACGCAAACGAAACGGCCCAGACGCUGUACACAACGCAGCUGGCACUCAACUUCCUCUGGAUGCCGCUUUUCUUCGGGGCGGGGCGGCCGGCCGCGGCUCUGGGCGAUAUGGCCCUCUUGGUAGGCAACCUGACCUUCCUGUUGGCCAAUUGGUGGACGGCCGACCGGACAGCCUUUUGGUUGAUGACUCCGUACUACGCGUGGUUGGGAUACGCUUCAUAUCUCAAUGUGGGCGUGGGAUAUUUGAAUGGCUGGGCUUUGCCCGAUAAGAAGAAGCGCUCGGAGGAAUAA